GCUACCAGUAUUUGGAUUUGAAAUCAAUGAGCGAAUACGAGCGGUCGAAGAAACGGUCGUUUGGCAGUUUGAAUGCAGAAGACGGCACCUGACGAAACCGUUAGACUGAAGUCGCGUUAGCCGGAGAAUAAAUUUAGAUUAUUAAGUUAAGUGUGGUUUUUGAUAAAUAUUCGAAAAUGUCAGAUAGUAUACAAGUGGCUAUAAAAGUAAGACCUUUAAUAAAACGUGAGAAGGAAGACAAUUUGCAAAUACAAUGGACGAUCCAGGGUAAUUCAAUUUUACCUGCAGAUCCUGAAUUAAGGAAGCGUGGGGAAGGCGGUUUUCAUUUCGAUCAUAUAUUUGAUAUGAACAGUACAAAUAUCGAUGUAUUUAAUACUGUGACAAAACCAAUUGUUGAAGCAGCAGUUAAUGGAUUUAAUGGAACAAUAUUUGCAUAUGGUCAAACCAGUUCUGGUAAAACAUAUACAAUGAUGGGGACAGAGCAGGAACCAGGAAUAUUGCCACUAGCAAUUGAAUAUAUGUUUCAAUUAAUUACAAAUAGUUGUGGACUUGAGUUUUUGUUAAGAGUUUCUUAUAUCGAAAUUUAUAAUGAAAAAGUAAAUGAUCUCUUAAAGAAGGAUGGCAUCGACCUAAAAUUGCACGAAGAUAUAAAUGGACAAGUAUAUAUGCAUUGUAAAGAAGAAGUUAUACAAACCGAGGAUGAUGUAUUAAAACACAUGAAAAGGGGAGACAAAAACCGAAGAAUAGAUGUAACAAAUAUGAAUGAAAGGAGUAGUCGAAGUCACACAAUAUUUCGUAUUACAAUUGAAAGUCGAGAAGCCAAUGCAGAUUCAGAUUGUGCAGUUAAGGUCUCGCAGUUAAAUCUGGUUGAUCUUGCGGGCUCUGAAAGAGCCCGCCAAACUGGAGCAACAGGUGAACGAUUUAAAGAAGGAAAACAUAUAAAUAUGUCACUUUCUGCAUUGGGUUUGGUCAUUAAACAAUUGAGUGAUUCUCAAGAAGGCCCAAAAUAUAUUAAUUUUAGAGACAGCAAACUAACGAGAAUAUUGCAGAAUUCAUUAGGUGGUAAUGCAAUGACUUCAAUAAUAUGUGCUGUAACUCCAGUGGCUUUUGAUGAAACGCAGUGUACAUUAGCGUUUGCUUCAAGAGCUAAAAGUAUAAAGAAUCAGCCACAUUUAAAUGAAGUAGUGUCAGAUGCUGCUCUUUUGAAACGUAUUAAGAAGCAAAUGUCAAUGCUUAUGGCAGAGCUGCAGGCCUCAAAGCAGAAAUCAGCAGAGGUUGAACAAAUGGAGACCAGACUUCAAGAAAAGGAUCGUGUAAAUCAAAUUUUGGAAGAGCGCCUUGAGUUAUUAAAAUCACGUAUUGUGUCUGGAAAUAAUCUUCAACAUGACGAAGAUUUGAAAGCAGAAUUGAAACGACGUCGUACCUGGGGUGGUCCAGAUAAUAUAGUUUCAUUACGACCACCUCGACUACUAGCUAGUAUUAAAGAAUGUAUUGGUGAUGAAUCACAAGAAAAACUUGAAAAGAAGCAACAAAUUAAAAGGCGUCAAAGUAUCAUUCAAACUUCAGGAAAGGAUCUUAUUAAAGAAAAUUUCCAGACUGCUUUUACAGACUUUGAGUUAGAACUGAUUGAAAGUGAAAGGGAGAAAAAUCGGUAUUCAAGUAAUAGCGUCGAUUUUGAAGAAACCCCUAUAAUACAGGUUCCAAAACAUAAUUCAAAACAACGUGUGAAGUUUAUGGAUAAGGUGUCAGUUAGCAGAGUGAGUUACGAAAACUGUUGGGAUGACUAUACACCAGAGAAAAGAAUAUCUUCUUCACCUAAUAUUAGUGAAAAUGGAUCACCUAGUACGCCAAAGAAUGUCCUCCGGGAUAGAAUUCGCUACCUAACUGAAGAAUUUUACACGCUGCAAGAAUUUACUACACUUGAAAAGCAGUUGCUUACUGCCGGCUAUACAUCUGAGGAAAAAGAAUACAUAGAUGGUUUAAAACAGUCCCUCUCUGAUACAGAAACUGUGUACCUCGAUUUGAACAAGAAGUACUCGGAAAUUCAGACAGAGCAUGCAAAACUGAAAGAAGCACAUGAGACAACGUUAAAUGAAUGCGAGAAACUGAAACAAGAAGUUCGGUCACUUUCUGAUUUUCAAGAGCAAUAUCACGUAAUCAAGGCAGAGAAAAAUAAACUUGAGAUUUCAGCGAAUGAGGCUUCAGAUCGCGUGAAAGACCUAAUGAAUAAAAACUCGGACUAUUUAUACCAAAUGGAUUUUCUCAAAACGAAACACAAGACUCGCGUACAGGAGCUUGAGUCGUCAUUACAAGAUAUUGAGAAGUUAGAAAAAACUAUCCUUUUGUUGACUUCGGAGAAUAAGAAGUUGUUUGACAACUUAACUGCUGAAAAAAAUCACUCUGAAGAGGAAGGAGUGAAACUUCAGAAUCAGAUCGAAGAACUCAAUUCUCGGUUAUCAAAAGUCACGGAAGAAAAAGCAGACCUGGAAAAUGAUUUGAUAAUUUGUCGGGGUGAAUUAGAAGUAUUCCAAGUCUCCUCCUCAACAAUAAACGACGAGGAAAUAGAAAGAAAGCUAGAACGGUACGAGAAAAAGAUAGAACAAUUAACGGAAGAAAAUAACGAGCUCUCCUCCGAUUUAAUCGAUAAAAUCGAAGAACUCGACAAGAUAAAGGAGAGCAAAGCUUUACUCUAUGACCAUGACUGUACCUUCAAGGAGAAGGUCGAAUCACUUCUUGAAAAGAUUUCCUGUAUGAAGAAUGAGAGCGAUGAGCUGCUGAACAAUUUAACCGAGAAAAAUGAAGAGUGUGACAAUUUAAGGGAAAUGAACGUCCUUCUGAAAAGUAAAUUAGAAGUCUUAACCCGUCCGACUACGCCGGAAAAUUCUGGAGACCCAGUUUUAAAAGAAUUGACUACUGAAAAUAUGAACUUGAAGACUGAAACUGCAGAAUUGAAGACAAAGGUGACGUUGCUCUCUGAAGAAAACGAAAAACUGUCCAAUUCCCUCCUUUUUAUUGACGACAUUGAAACUGUACGACAGAACGUUUCAUUGGAUAAUUCGUUACACCUUUCGAUCUUCGACGAUUGUUCCCCUCCCGAUUUUGGUGCUAAAGAAGCUUCCGGGGGAAAUAUCGAAUCACUGACCUCUGAGAUUAAGACGCUACGAGAUCAAAACAAUCAUAUAACACGGUUGAACGAAAAGUUGAGCUCCCUGAAACUCGGUUCUUGCACUCAAUGCAAACACUUGAAAGAGAUUGUUCAAAGUCGUAGAAUGUUGAAAAUUGAAAACAGAAAUCUGUACAACAAGCUGAAUAUUUUACAGCGAAAGUUUGAUUGCGCCAACAUAUCGCAAAAUAAGAUUACUGAGGAUCUCGAUAUAAGUGACUCCGCGAUGAAUACCAGCAACUUAGAAGGAUUGAACGUUUCUCUGGUGGAGAAACAGGUGGAAACUUUAAAGAGUCAAUUGCAGACACUCAAAGAGGACAAUGAAACACAAACCGAAUUGUACGAGGAAGAAUGUGAAGAGCUUGGAAAGUCUCGUCAAAGUGAUGAAAAGUCUUCAUUGAUUUCAGGAACAGGACCUUGUCAGCGACAAGAUGGAAUUAAAAAUAUUCAAGAGACUGUAGAGAGGCUCGAGGAAGAGCUGCAAGAAUUGAAGAAAGUCAAUGCGAUUGCUGGGGAAGAAUAUCAGAAGCUUUUAACAGAAAAGGCAAACAUGCUAAAUGAGAUAGAAUCUCUGAAAACCUACAGGGAGCAGCUCGACAACGAGAAAGUUAAAAUGAUCGACGAUGAAAUGAUCAACUUGAACAACGAGAUUGAAAGGCUAAACAUCCUACAGAAUGAAGCUACAAAGCAAAAGGUGAAUUUGGAGGUUGAGGUCGAAAAGCUGAGAGCCGAGAAAGAGGGCAAUGAGAAGACCAUCGAUGAUCUGCGAAAAUCUAUCUCGGAAUUACAAGAGAAGAAUUGCGCCUUGCUGAAAGAAGCAAAUGAAAUUAAGCAGGAUGAAAAAGCGGCGAAUGAGCAAUUAGUGUCGGUAAAUGGGACUGCCGAAGAAGUGGCUGCUGAUUUAGGAAAACUUGAGGAAGAAAACUCAACUCAGGAGCACACAGAGCUCAGAUCCAAAUAUCAAAGUCUUAGCAGUGAGUUGGUCGACGCGAAAGAAUUCAUUGUAAAAGAGCUUCGAUCUUUUAAAUCCGAUUUUAAUGAACAGAGUCUAUCAAGCGUCUCCAUUCAGGAGUUGUUCCGGAUUUUCCUGCAGGCAAUAAUGUUAAAAGAGCAUGAAGUCAUCAGAAUGAUCCAAGAGCGUUUCGAGAAGGACAGAAGAAAGUUAGAGGACCAAACCCGCCAGAGUGAGGACUCGGAAAAGAGGGUCGCAGCUUGGGCUAAAGAGCUCGAGGCCGACGUCGAGAGGUUGCAGAACGAUCUUCUCCGGCAGGAAAGUAUAAAUAGUGAGCUUUGCACGGAGAUGGAAGGAUUAAAACACGUCCUGAAAGAAAAUCAGUACGAGAGUCAAAGUUUGAAGGAGAAGAUCGAAGUCUUGGAGUCGGACUUUGGUACUUUACAGAGCGUAGUUGAGAAGCAGUCGAAAAAAGAAUCUCAGGACGAUGAAACCGCCCAAGAGGACAGGAAAAAGCAACACUUCGCUUUGGAGUGCAUUAAGAAUCGAGAAAAGGAAUUGGAGACACAAAUGAAACUCGAUAAGGAUGAGUACAACACCAAAUUGGCAGAACUGACUAACUCGCUUGAAGCCUACAAAUCGAAGAACAUGGAGUUGAGGAAUAACGUGGAAGCUCUCGAAGCUCUGGAGGAACAUUUGAAGAACACCAUUAGCCGAAAUGUAAAUGAAUUAACGUGCAGUACCCAGAAAAUUCAGAACUUGGAGGCGGAACUAGAGCAGUUGAAAAGUGCGUACGACCAGCUACUUAAUGAGAUUCAGGAGAAGGAUAGGCGCAUCGAAGAAAUGACCGAUCUGCUUAAACAGAAUCGCGAUACGCUCUGCGAAUUAACUACCAAGCUGGAGGUGAUCAUUCCGGAGAACGAGAUUUUGAAGCAACAAUUACUCGAUAGAAAGCAGGUUGUCGACCAGUUAAAGGUUGAAAUGGAGAAGCGAAAGGAAGACGAUUCUAAACGAAUCGAAAGUAUCACGGAACGCCUCGAAGCUGAAGAGCUGAAGGUCGUCGGUCUUAAGCAACAGGUGCUUAACCUGAACGAGAAGAACGCAGUUCUUAAUUCAGAGGUGGAAUUGCUGAAAGAGCUGAAAGUCGUAGAUCUUGAGCAACAGGUGCUUGACCUGAGCGAGAAGAACACAGCUCUUAAUUUAGAGCUGAAAUUGCUGAAAGAGCUGCAAGUCGUAGAUCUUGAACAACAUGUGCAUGAUCUGCGUGAGAAGAACACAGCUCUUGAUUCAGAGUUAAAAUUACUUAAAGGUACUUGCGAGGAAUUGGAAAAGGAGAAUGAAAAAUUGACAAAGAAGGUUCGCAACGAGAAUAAUAUAUCGCAGGACGUCGUGAAAGGUCUGCAGGACGAGGUGGCGAGUCUUCACAGGGAACUGGAAAGAGCUAGUAGUUUGAUCAAAGAGCUUCAGGAAUCGAAAAAUCAAUUGAUCUCGGAUAAACAUGAGUUACGAGGAAAGUACGAGAUCUUGAAUCAGGAGAAAAUUCAGCUGGCAGAGGAGAUGAAUACUUACAAGACAAAUCAUGCUUCAGAUCUAAUAAAACUUCGCGUCAAUCUUCUUCAGGAACAGCAGAGUACGGUAGUCGAACUCGAGAAGAUUAAACAGGCUCUGCAGUUAAAAGAAGAAGAGAUGCGAAAAUAUGAGGUUGAAAUGGAGGAGCUUCGGACAAAGAAUAAGGAGUUAGACGAAGAAAUGGACGAAAUGGUAAAACAUAUUAAUAGUUUGGAACGUGAGAAUCUUGAAUUAAACGAUAAGUUGAUAGCUCCCGAAUCUGGAUACGGUCCCAUGUUAAAGCUGGAGGGUACAAUUUCCGCCUUGAAGAUUGAAAAUAAAAAACUCAAAGCCAGACUUCCUCCUAAUGCGCUCAGUCCAAAUUCUUAUGAGAAAAAGAUAGAACGUUAUAAAAAGCAGAAUAAUGAUCUUUUUGUUAGAAUCGAGACCAUUGAAAAGAAGGCCAUAAUGGAGGCUCAGGAGCUACAGAGUAAAAUCGUGGAGUUGGAAAGAAAGUUAGAAGCGAAAAAUUCUUCUGGCUCAAGAAGUAUCAGUCCUGCGUACGAAAACAACAGGAGGAAACAACGGAGGAGUGAUUUAUUCAAUAGGAUGAGACAAAUUGAAAAUCUAGGUAGCGAUGAUGAAGUCUUCGAACAAAGACCAUGUCAGCAGUGUUCUAUUCUCAUGGAGAAAAUUCGUCAAUUGGAAUUGGAAAUAGUAUCGAAGAAUGGACAAAUUGCUACCCUUGAAAUUCGAUUCCAGAGCGAGAACUUUCCUUAUCAGAAGAAGUGUAAAGAAAUGGAGGACGACCUUUUACUUUUCCGGAGUAAGAAUAUUGAAUUGAAAAAGGACGUGAAGAGGUUACAACAUGCUCUGUUUGACAUUACCACAAGAGAAUGCAAGGUAUGCAAAGAAAAGAAAAUGAAUAAAAGGGACCAAUCUACUCAAUGCUUGUCAGAUUGCAAGAUCUUUCUCAGUGGUACAAGUAGUGGAAUAAUUGAAGAGCAUAUCAAGAUAGAACGAUUAAUGAAGGAAAAAAGCUUGAUGAGAGAGUUAUGUCGUUCCAGAAGUCGGCGUAUCAAAGAACUCGAACAAAGAGUUCGAGAACUGGAAAACGAGCGUUCAAACUGUUAAUUCUAUAUGAUAGGACAAGUUUAACUAAAUGAUGUUUAUUCAUGAACUACACAAUUUAAUUGAGAAUUUGAGAUGAGGCGUUCUCCUGUACAUGAUACUAUUUUUUUUUCAAUGACAGUACACAAAAAUCAAGUGUCUUUGAACAUUUGGUUUCAGGUAUAGUGAUGCGUUUUUUUCCGUUCCGCAAAUCAGUAAAAACGGACGAAUUAGUACACCAGACAGUACUACACUUGUCACAAGACUGAAACGAUUAAUUCAGAUGAACAUGUACGUGUUAUGGGUACUGUGAUAAAUCGGACAUUGUGUACACUACUCGUAACAUGUGUAUGUACAUUAAUUGCAUUUAAUUAUUAAAUAUAUGUAUAUAUACGUUACUUGUAUUGAUAAGAAACGUCUUUUAAAACAUCCCUUGUAAGAAAGUGUAGUUUUAAUGAAAAAAAAAAAAAAGAAAAAGAAAGUAAUGAAAAUAUUUUUAAUGUAA